GGCGCUGGCGUCGAGAAAGUACAGUAAAAAGUCCAAGUGCAGCCGCGGGCGCAAGAUGGGCUCCGGCUCCUCCAGCUACCGGCCCAAGGCCAUCUACUUGGACAUCGAUGGGCGCAUUCAGAAGGUGGUGUUCAGCAAGUACUGCAACUCCAGCGACAUCAUGGACCUCUUCUGCAUCGCCACCGGCCUGCCUCGGAACACGACCAUCUCCCUGCUGACCACGGACGACGCCAUGGUCUCCAUCGACCCCACCAUGCCCGCAAAUUCCGAGAGCACUCCCUACAAAGUGAGACCUGUGGCCCUCAAGCAACUCUCUGAGAAAGAAGAGUUAAUCCAGAGCGUGCUGACCCAGGUUGCAGAGCAGUUCUCGAGAGCAUUUAAAAUCAACGAACUCAAAGCUGAAGUCGCAAAUCACUUGGCAGUGCUAGAGAAACGCGUGGAAUUGGAAGGACUGAAAGUGGUGGAGAUUGAGAAAUGCAAGAGUGACAUUAAAAAGAUGAGGGAGGAACUGGCAGCCAGAAGCAACAGGACCAGCUGCCCCUGUAAGUACAGUUUUUUGGAUAACAGCAAGAAGUUGACACCUCAACGCGAUGUCCCCACUUAUCCCAAGUAUCUGCUCUCGCCAGAGACCAUAGAGGGCCUGCGCAAGCCGACCUUCGACGUCUGGCUCUGGGAGCCCAACGAGAUGCUGAGCUGCUUGGAGCACAUGUACCACGACCUCUGCCUGGUCAGAGACUUCAGCAUCAACCCCAUCACGCUCAAGAGGUGGCUGCUCUGCGUGCACGACAACUACAGGAACAACCCUUUCCACAACUUCCGGCACUGCUUCUGCGUGGCCCAGAUGAUGUACAGCAUGAUCUGGCUCUGCGGGCUCCAGGAGAAGUUUUCCCAAAUGGAUAUCUUGAUCCUAAUGACCGCAGCCGUCUGCCACGAUCUGGACCAUCCAGGAUACAACAACACGUACCAGAUCAACGCCCGCACCGAGCUGGCCGUGCGCUACAACGACAUCUCGCCCCUGGAGAACCACCACUGCGCCGUGGCCUUCCAGAUCCUCGCCCAGCCCGAGUGCAACAUCUUCUCCAACGUGCAGCCCGACGGGUUCAAGCAGAUCCGACAGGGCAUGAUCACAUUAAUCUUGGCCACUGACAUGGCCAGGCACGCAGAGAUCAUGGAUUCCUUCAAAGAGAAGAUGGAGAACUUCGACUACAGCAACGAGGAGCACAUGACCCUGCUGAAGAUGAUUUUGAUAAAAUGCUGUGAUAUCUCCAACGAGGUGCGUCCGAUGGAAGUCGCAGAGCCUUGGGUGGACUGCUUAUUAGAAGAAUACUUCAUGCAGAGCGACCGCGAGAAGUCGGAAGGCCUCCCCGUGGCCCCUUUCAUGGACCGGGACAAAGUGACCAAAGCCACGGCCCAGAUUGGGUUCAUCAAGUUCGUCCUGAUCCCCAUGUUUGAAACAGUGACCAAGCUCUUCCCUGCGGUUGAGGAAAGCAUGCUGCAGCCCCUGUGGGAAUCCAGAGACCGCUACGAGGAGCUGAAGCAGAUGGACGACGCCAUGACGGAGAGGAAGAGCGAGAGCCGGGCAGGCGGGGGCACCGACAAGUCGAGGGAGAAAAGCAGAGAUGGGAAGCCAAGCGAAGUGCGCGACUAGUCCUGUGACACUUGCGAUAUCGCCUGCGCGUUUCAAUCCCAAUGAAGACAAACCCGGAGUCCGUUUCCCUCCCGAGCAGACCUCGCCUGAAGGAGGAGGACGUCCGUCCACGGUGCCUGGGCCCGGCCACUCGGCGUGAGAUCCUCCGCGGGGAGAAGCUGAUCCUGACGCCCUGGCGCCCACGCAAGGACCGUUUUGUUCAGUGAUACAAAAAAAAAAAA